UCCAAAAAGCAGACACAUUCGAGCCCGAGCUUGAACUUCUUCUACCUUCAGACUCGUUCGAGACGGAGCGACGAACCGAAGAAUCCGUUCGAGACCAGCAUGCAUAAUCAGUAGAGGGAGAUCGAGACAAGCUCAAAUGGCGUCGACAUCGGCGUCGCGGGCUGGCGGCGUCGCCGGACGGAUCCGGCACGCCGCCGUGACGCUCCAGGACGACAAUCAAGCUCUCGUCGCGGAAAUUCUGAAGGCGUUCCGCAUGUUAAAGGAAAUUGCCGUUGCUCUGGAGAAAGACAACGAGACUCAAAAGGUGAAAGAACUUGAAAAUGCCGCUGUGGAGUUGCUGCAAACUUAUGAAGAUUGUACACAUUUGUCAACAGCCAUCAAAUCUGUUGGUGAUACAUAUGAGCCUGGUGCUGAGCUAACUGAUUUUGGUAAGCUGUUUGACAACGAGAUUGCAAAGCAAAAUUCAAAUUCAUCAACAGAUCCACAAAACCACCCAUUAAUACGCCAAUUUAGGGAAGCAGUGUGGGAUGUUCAUCAUCGUGGCCAGCCUAUGCCUGGUGAAGAGCAGGAUGAUGUCGUCAUGACCAGUACCCAGGGCAAUCUUUUGAAUGUCACUUGCCCAUUGAGUGGAAAGCCAGUUACCAAAUUGUUGGCUCCUGUUCGCAGUGUGGAGUGCAAGCAUAUAUAUGAAAAAGAGGUUAUCUUGCAUCAUAUCAGGUCCAAGGGUGGGAACUCAAAGUGUCCUAUUGGAGGUUGCCCUAAGGUACUGUCAGCAGAUAAAGUGAGUUGCGACCCUGUGUUACUUUACGAAAUCGAGGAGAUGCGCAAACGGAAUGCCGGGACUGAAGUCGUCGAAGAUUUCACUGCGCUUGGUGAAGAAGGAGAUGAUUCUGACUGUUGUUGACCAAAUUUGCCAACUGCUAAAAAGAAAUGACUUUGUACAGAAGAUGUUGACUUAAAUCCAUCAUCACUUUCUAUUUACUGUCGCUUCUAGCGUUUCAUACUUCUUUUGUCCUCCCAUUAUUGUGGGAGGUAUCUAACAAUUAUGUCGGUAACUGCCGAGGAUCGUUGUUCAAGCACAUAGAAAAGACUGGCCACAUGCCACAUUAAAGUAUUCUUGGUGAAAGCUUCAGUCUUGCUGUUGCCCUCUCUGCA